GUCUGGCUUGGCUACUGUGGCAAGUCUGUCAAGGGCUCUGCGAGCGGAUUGAGCAAGAUUGCAUGGUCCGGUCCUUUCCGGAAGAGCCUGAUGACCUGGUGUUCAGCCAGAAACGUUCGAAGAACCCUGCUGAUCGUAAGUUUGCUUUGAAGCAAGCGUGGUCAGCACGGAAGAAGUCUCUGCGACAUGCGAGCAAAGAUGCUCCGAACAAGUCCGAGAAGGCUGCAGUGCUUCGUGCUGCUGCCCAGAGGGCCAAGGCUUGGUUGAGCCAUCGGGAUCUUCGUAAUGAUCGGGCCAAGUAUCUUAUGGCAAGCCGUGCGGCUUUCCGAGGCUGCAAAAGGUUGUGCAUCGCAGUGGAUGCUUCCAGAGGCGGAGGCCGCAAGAGAUCCUUUUACGGGAUGAUGUGUCUUGAGACCGGGGCAACAUGCUGGGCGCCACCUCAGGUGCAUCAAGAUUCGGAGUAUCGACAAGCAGGGCAGAAUCGGGAAUGCAGCUUAUUUCCCCAAGCCUCCUUGAACUAUGGCUUCAUUGGGAUCUAUGCAGACACUGGCAGCAGUCUGGAAACCUUCCUUCCCAAGAAAGAUGAUGAUGACCUGCCCAUGUGUGAAAGACCAACUCUGGUCAUUCAGAGCGAUUGCGGCUCUGAUCUCAUGGCCGUUCACAACUUCGCGGGUUACCACCUGGGAUUGAGGUACUGGUUUGUGAACGAUGUGCGACACAUGCUUGUGAAUGAGCAGAUGAAUGCAUGCAAACAAGCAGGUCUUUCCUCCAGCAUGGCCCUAGCAGACAUCGUCUUGACCUUUCUUCAAGGGCCUUGGGGGGGCCACAAGUGGAUGCAGAUCGUUCGGGAGGAAACCAAGGAGUUCAUGCAAAUGGCCUCGAGUUUGGGCAGCAGUUCGGCUGGCGUGACCACUACAUCCAGAUGGGACUCCUUCCAUCGCGGAUUCCGGGAUCGCAAGAAGGAGUUCACUUUGUUGCUUAUGAUCCUUGUGAGCUAUGGCAUCCGAGCCGGCUAUGUGCUGAACCCAGAAAAGUUGACGUUGCAAGAAAUGAAGAAAGUGUCAACGUCAGUGGGGGCAGCUGAAGCCGAGACCUUGAAGGAUGCCAAAAAGAAGAAAUCCUUCUUGUAUGAUUCCUGCCGGAACAAGCUGCACGUGGCUACAGUUUGCAUGGGGAAUCAAAGUCUCAUGGAAGACUUGCGUGUCUGGUAUUGGUGUUCCAAGCCCAUUGCCGACCAGCUGAACUCCCUGCGCCAACAGUUGCACGGCCGUACAGAGCCAAGAAACCACAUGAAAGAUGCGGCCAUUGGCGGCUGCAGCCUUCAAGUGGUUGAGGCUCUCCUGACUGUUCCGGCACAAACCGAAGUGCUGGAGGACCUGGGCUUCUCCUUGAAACACAACACAGCAGGUGCUGUAAGAUGCAAGAAGGUGGAUGUGGAGGCCCCGCACGUCUUCGUGGAGGACGUGCUCAUGCAGAAAGUGGUGAAGACACUGCUGUGCUUGGUUCAUUUCAAACUCUUCAAUCUGAGCUUGUCCAUGUACUCUUAUCCGGCAAGGUUUGCCGCUCUCUUGGACGAUGAUGAGCAUCGGCGAGAAUGUUUGUUGGAGAUGCAGAGUUUGGAUGAGGCAUUUGAGGAAGUUCAGAACCUCAAGAACAAAGGAUGGCGCACAGUGUGCCACCGUAGCCCUCUGAGGCUGACGGUUGUUCGGGAAGUGUUUGCACAUCUCAAGCAGUCAGCCUGGAAAGUCAGCGAGGACUUGUGUCUGUUCCUGCAGCAGUCUUGCAUGCACUUUGGCGCAACUUACAACGAGGAGGCUUUCGGAGAAAUGCGGGUGGCCGAAAAGACGGACGGCAAAGCUGCCAAAAUGUCGAGCAUCGAGGUGUGGAGCACCGCAAGCCGGGGUGGCAUCAUGAAGCGUUUUGGUUACCGUGAAGUUGACGCUCCGGCAGCGGACUUGGCGCCCAGCAUUCCGGACAGUCUUUUUCACACUCAGCUGAAACAGCCCAGCAUGCCCAAGAUGUGCGAGCUGACCGGCAGGGGAACUCCGUGGCCCACACUACAGCCGCUGGUUGCUCCUACUGUGGCAGCAGAGUUGUGGACCAUGGUGACUCUGCGGAAGGCUGGGAAGCUUGACCAGCUGACGGCCAGCUGGCGGACACAGUUCCUGCUGAGCGGGCUGAUUGUCAAGCAGGAGGGCCAGAAGGAUUGGUUCAUGUCCACUGGACCUUGGCCCAAAGGAUCGGCGACUUUGCUGCUCCCAAUGCAAAGAAAGGAACUGAAGAAAGGCCUCUAUGCAUUUGGCCUGAAGCCCAACCUCAGCAGGGGAUGCUUGCGAUGGGCCAGCGUCUUCCAGUUUGACACCUGGGAGGUGGCUCAGACAAAGGUGGUGUCUCCAAUACAUUUCGGGGUGCUACUCGCGAAGGGCAGCAGCUUGAAUAUUCCUGAUGAGAACCUGUUCUUUUGGCUGGAAACAGACAAGCCCCGGCCUUUGCUUCAACAUUGUGCACACAACGCAUUCUUUGACAUUUCUGCUGAUAUCCUCGAGUUGCUUCUCCAGGAGGAAUUUGGUCAGAACCUGGAAGCCACGACAGGCGAAGAUCUGUUGGGCGAGGUGCUCGCGCCUUGCAUCCAGGAAUCCUUGGGCAUCACUCCGAAGGAAGUCGCCAACAUUCUGGAAGACAACCUCCAUCAGCGGGAAGCUGAUGAGUCAGAGGUUGUGGAUCUCUUGGAGAACGAAAUGGUUCGUGAGAAUUUUUCCAAAGAAGAGGAACAAAUGCGAAAUGAUUUCUUGAAGAGCGUUGCGGUGAAGCAAGCGGCACAAACAAGUGUCACUCGAAAAAUCCGGAAGCUCCGCAAUCCAGACGGGGCUGAGGCUCCGAAAAUCAAGCGGAAGAAAGUCCGGUACGAGCCGGACUAUGCAUGGACCGAAGCUGCUGCUCAGGAGAUGGCGCCGGCCAAAUACAGACUGCACAGGGACCGCUUUAACAAGUGCUGGCGACUCAGAAAGGGCUCUUGGAGUCUCAGCAAAAGCUGGGGCCCUUCCGGGAAAGAUGCCUCCUGCCUGGUGUUCCUUCUCACCCGUGCUUGGGAACGUCACUGUUCCCUGAACCCGCUGGUUGCAAAUCCAUAUGAUUUCGAGGAAGUCUUCCGAGCUUGA